GCGUUCGAGAAACGGUCACAGCUUGGGCGCCAGAGGAGCAGAAAACAAAGGACCUCCAUUGCUGGCUCCGUGGACGAGUUGGCCCGAGUACAGAAGGAGCUCGAAACGCUUUGCCUUCCGUGCCAGGAGAGCAAACUUUGCGCGCAAUUCGACGGUGUACGACAUUGCCUCCAGCUGAAGACCUCAUAGAAGGUCGAGCAAGACCGGAAUCGCAAUGUACAGCGUGCUGAGAAAGUGAGACUGUUGCUGUCCAGUGGAGAUUCAGAGACAUCAUCUCAUGAAAUCGAGUACACCCGCUCGAGCAGUUCUCGAACCUCGAUGAUGCGAUUCAGCCCAAUGCAACGCUCAAAUCCCUGGAGUCAAUUCCGGGAGUAAGAAUUCCAGAGCAGAGUCUGCAAUUCUACAGGGGAAAAAGUUGCGAUUCUUCCUGUUGGGCCAGAAAUUCAAAUCUACCGAGCUCGCUACUGUCCCGCAACCCGGAAGGCACCAAAUCCAGCUCAGGCGAAGACGUGCGGUGAUGAAAGGACCAACGUGAAAGUCAGCAAGUGUAGGCGACGGCAGCUCUCGCCGAGAGAGCCAUUGGUCCACGCGUUCCCGAGCAGUCCACGUGUGGACUUUCGAAAGUGAUGGCAUGAAAAGCUUUCAAACGAUCGAGUACUGUAACGAAGAGGGACGCAGAAAGCAUUACCUGACAACAGCAUUGCCUUUCGUGCUUGUCUUAUCGGACACCCCACGCCAUGGUACCUGCUUACGACCUCUUCUGGUGAUCCAUGCAGGGUACGUACCUGCGGACGAUACAGAGAGCUGCAUUAUUGCUCCGGAUCCGACAUCCAAUUUGGCCCUUGGGAACAUCCUCCGGCCGGACUUACACAACACCAGCUGCAGCAUGCGUAAUAUCUGCAGCCAUAAGUGACACUACACCUGCUCCUGAUUUCAUCCGCAGCCCCGUCAAUCCCAAUCCAGCUGCUUCAAAUCUCGAACAAACGUCGCCCACCGCCGAAAGCCAUAAAUGGACUCCAUGUCCCGCUCCUCCUUCUGCACGAGGAGCUUAUUCCCCAAUCCUCACAUGUCAUUAAGUGGAUCGGACAUAAACCUCUCAAACCUUCUAUUCUGAUCAGAUGCUCACGAUCCGUUUGGCGUACGUGGGAGGCCGAGGCUAGACACCAUAAGACUGAACCAGCAGGCCAAGCUAGACAGCAGACGCAAAGCCAUGCUUACCCCGCCGGGCUCAGGCUUAUCUCAGGGCAGCUGCUGUUAUCGUUUGCAGUGCUCGCUCUCACCGUGGACUCAUGUGGACCUGCUUACUACCAGGCGACUGCGGCAUUAGUGGUUUAGAGACUUAGCUGCUGCUGCUGCUGGAUCAAGUUCUCGAAGUUCGAAUUCGUCGUCUGAGUGCCUCGCUGUCUGUCUUGGGGUUCCGUUCGAGUGGAUUUGUUUUGGAACUGUGGGAAUUUGGGACGUCCAGUUGACAGCGGUUGCUGUUGUGCAACCCUGGGGACGGAACACGUGCUCGAGAUGACGAGAGGGACGCUGUUUCGGUGCCUUUAUGGGGGAGAAGAUUCGGUCGGACUCGACUGAGGUUUGUUUUGGGAUGGGUUUUGGGGCAGAUUGUCGAUGGAUUUCAGACUCGGUGCAUUUCUUCCACGGCAAGAUAUCGGUAGGACUGCGUGCCUCAUGGUUGGAGGGUUUAUAUAUCGUGACACCGGAGGCCUUGUCAUGUCACUGGCGUGAUUGACGCCGUCGCGAGCGAGUGAGUGAGACCCACGGAGAAUCUGCCAGCCGUCCACAGCCCACGUUGACGACUGGCGUCAGCUGCAGGCACUUCGACGACUCCCGGUCCAUCGAGUCCUUGUCAUCCGACUCACGCAAUCUUCACAAGCCCAUUCUCCAUCACAAGGAUUAGCUUCUCAGAAAUGCGUGCCGCAAUUUGUACGACUCAUUACCAAAGUCGGGCGGCGCCUGAGGAAGUUUAGGAAAACAUAGUGUCUAGUUCUAGACGAAAGUUGUAAGGUGAAAUUUGUCUGUAAAUUGUCAGUUUGCGAUUCUUUUAGCUGCGCGAUGGAGAACGAGUGGCGAAAGCCUCUGCUGAAUGGGUCACGGGACGGAGAGCCCACGAGUCCCAGCGAUAGGAAGGAAGGGAAGAAUCCUGGGAGUGUCACUGGACCCAGGAACGUGCAAUGCACCCUCAAAGAUGGCAGCAUUGCCAAGCACAAGUGGGACAUACCCGCCAUCAAAGAGGAGCUCAAGACCCAAGUACUCAUCGCUCUGCCGAUGGUGCUGGUGAAUUUCCUACAGUACUCAGUGCUCGUGGUUUCCAUCAUGUUUGUCGGGCACUUGGGAGAAUUGGAGCUCGCCAGCGCAUCUCUUGCCAACUCCAUCGCCAGUGUGCUCGGCUUGUACAUUCUGUUGGGAAUGGCAGGCUCUGUAGAGACACUCUGUGGGCAAGCUUACGGAGCUGGGCAAUACCACAUGCUGGAGAAAUACGUACAGAGGGCAGUCUUCGUGCUGUGCUGCACUUGCGUGCCACUGACUGUGCUCUUUCUGAACAUGGAGAGCAUCCUCCUGCUGCUGGGUCAAGCCCCUGAUAUCGCUGCCAAAGCAGCGGAGUACGUGAUUUGUCUGCUGCCAGCGCUCUACGCUAGCGCAUUUCUGCAGCCCCUGGUUAGAUUUCUGCAGACUCAGAGCAUCGUCAGGCCCAUGGCUUAUUGUGCAGCUGUCACAUUGACUCUGCAUGUGGCCUUGUGCUGGCUCGUGGUCUUCAAACUAGAUCUCGGCUUUCGAGGCUCGGCGAUAGCCACGAGUGUUUCGUACUGGAUGAAUGUGCUCCUCUUGGUCACAUUCGUUAAACUGUCGAAUUGUUGCGAGAAAACUUGGGUCAAUGGAUUUUCGAGAGAAGCAUUCACGGACUUGAAGCCUUUCCUGAGGCUGGCCGUGGCUUCGAGCGUCAUGCUGUGUUUGGAGUAUUGGGCGUUUGAAAUAGUGGUGCUGGCGGCCGGAUUGUUGGCCAACCCCGAACUGGAACUCUCAGCAUUAUCCAUAUGCCUAAAUACCACGACAUUGAAUUACAUGAUUCCUCUCGGACUCGGCGCAGCUGCAAGCACCCGCGUGUCGAACGAGAUGGGCGCUGGGAAUCCUGCUGCAGUGCGCAGGGCCAUCAAGGUGGUGAUGAGCAUGUCGUUUACUGUGGCCGUCGGCGUCUCGAGCUCGUUGUUCUUGGCUCGCAAUAUUUGGGGCGCUGUCUUCAGCAGCGACUCCGAAGUCGUCGCAUACGUCUCCACCAUCAUGCCUUUCUUAUCGUGCAUCGUUCUCUGCGACGGGCUCCAAGGUGUUCUCCAAGGAGUUGUCAGGGGUUCCGGAUGGCAAGACCUGGGCGUUGUUAUCAAUCUGGUCUGCUUCUACGUCUUUGGCGUGCCUACUGGAAUUCUCUUGGCCUUUCGCUUCGGCUGGGCUGGCAAGGGAUUGUUCACCGGCAUCCUCACUGGACUGGGAUGUCAAGUGCUGGGACUUUUAGUCAUCAGCCUGCAUACAAACUGGGAGGAACAGGCUGAGAUAGCGCACACUCGCCAAAUUACUACCUCAUCGAAAGGAGAAUCUGCUGAAGUUCAUGCGGUCUAACGCAUCCUGCAUCUAGGCUGGGAAGUGAGGCGAGCUGGCCAUGGUCCAUCUGGAUUCUAAGUAUCUGGACUUCCGCCGAAACUCCCUCCCCCAGCAGUAGCAGCUUUCACCCGAAAGCUUACAUUUUUGUACAUUCGGAUUCUGAUCCAAAUUUAACUGCACAAUGAAUCUAAACGUUAGAUUCAGUCCCGUUAGAAUCUAAUAGAUUCUAACUUUAAUGCCAGAGAGUGGUAGGACAGGGCUCCUAAGAUCUGCUAUCAGGUUAGUUUAGCUCAAGCUUUCUAAUUUUACACAAGAAUAUCUAAACGAUUGUAAAUGAUCGUCCAAUUCCUUGGAUUACGGGAUCUCAACGACUUCAACGGAUUUAUUUUAGGAAAGUCGUAUACAUUUAUGUUACACAUCAG